GUCAACAACAGCAGCUCUGAGAUCAGGUAACAGAAACAGACUGCUGAGCCUCAAAGUACACAUACUACUGGUACUACUACUCCUGUACUAGAAGAGUACUACUCCUGUACUAGAAGAGUACUACUCCAGUACUAGAAGAGUACCGCUGCUGUAUGAAAAGCCACAUGACUGUUAGAGGAAGAGGAAGAGAGCUGCUGCUGUGGAGAGAGACAGAAAACUCCCGGAGAGAGAAGAAAACUGCUGGAGAAAGAAAAAGAGUGAUCGGUCCUUGGAAAAGGACAACAAGAGAAGAAGAAGAAGAAGAAACUUUUAAGAAUUAAAGGAUAAGAAGAAGAUGAAGUUGUUUUUUGGGACUCUGGUCUUCGUCUCUCUGCUGUCGUCCCUUUGCAGCGUCUCUCCGUCUUCUCGUCCCACAGACGAAUGCUCCGGCAUGUCUGUCCGUCUCAGGGCAUUCAGGCUGAAGACGACCUGCAAUUUCACCACUCUGAAGGACAAGCAGCUGAAGGAGAUCCAGGCUCCGACCACCAAUCUGUACCUGCCGGUCCUCUACCUGCUGGCCUUCAGCGUGGGUCUGCCCUCCAACCUGCUGGCUCUGUGGGUCCUGCUGUUCAAGACCAAACCGCUGCCGUCCACCACGCUGCUCAUCAACCUCACCGCCGCAGACUGCCUCCUGCUGCUCGCGCUGCCAUUCCGCAUCAUGUACCACUUCAGAGGAAACCACUGGGAACUGGGCGAGCCUUUCUGCCGCGUCGUCAUGGCGAUGUUUUAUGGCAACAUGUACGGGUCCGUACUGUGUCUCGCGCUGGUGGCUCUGGACCGAUACAUUGCAUUGGUUCACCCGUUCGGCGCCAAGACGCUCCGCAGCAGGCGAACCUCUCUGUACAUGACGGCGGCCGUGUGGGCGGCGGUGCUGGCCGCCAUGCUGCCGCUGCUGGUGUCGCAGCAGACCUACGUGCUGGACGAGCUGCAGAUCACCACCUGCCACGAUGCACUGCCCGAGGAAGAGCAGGACAACUAUUUCCUGCCAUACUUCGCCACCUUGUUCACUUUCUGCUUCCUGUUGCCCUUCGCGGUCGUGCUGUUCUGUCACGGCGCUGUGCUGCGCACCCUGCUGGCUGAGGGAAAGCGCUACGGCCACGCCAUCCGGGUGACGGUGCUGGUCCUGCUGGUGUUCAUCGUGUGUCUGCUGCCCAGCAACAUCCUCCUCCUUCUCACCUACACAGACAGCUCGCUGGAUGGAGACGGCGAGGACGUUUACGUCCCCUACAUGGUUAGCUUAGCAGUUAGCACCUUCAACAGCUGCAUUGACCCCUUCAUCUUCUAUUUCGUGUCGGUGGAGUUCAGGGAGAAGGCCAGGAGUGCUCUGUGUUUCUGUAAAAACUCAGACGAUGAACCGUCCUCUGUGGGCAACAACAUGUUGCACUCUUCAUCAUCAUCAUCGGGCCUGAGGUCAAAGGUCACCAUGCUGACCAAGUCGAGUCAGGGAGGGACAUGUGAGACAGUGUGAGGAGGCCUCAUCUGCCAGAACCAUGUUUAUCUGAUGAUGGUCACAUGACUGCUGUCAUCAUCACAGCUGUCAAUCAAACAGAAAUGAAAGUUCCACUGAUGAAGGCAGAAUUGAUCCCUGAGGACUUGAUUGAUUGGAGACUGAUAAAAAGUCCUGAUUAUUAAUUUAGUUUCUUUGCAAAUUGAUAAAAAUGAUCAAAGAAACAAAAAAUACAGAAGGAUUCAUACUCGUUUGUUCCAUAAACACACAGAAUCAAAUUUGUUAAAGGAAAAUGUUGUAAAUUCACAGUAAAACGACAAAUAAUAAAAA